UCAACUUGGUUCCCUUCUUGUCUAAACCAGCGUGGGUCAGGAGGUCCCUGCUCAGCCUGUUGCUGAUUGUUCAUUCUGAGAGAGGGAGGAAAAAAGUCCCCCUCUCUCUCACACACACACACAGACGCAAUAGGCACAGAUGGUAGUCUUUGCCCAACUGUAGUGGGCUUACUAGGCCUAUUAGUUGAAAGGGCAGUGUGUGGGGGUGCUAUGAAAGUUAAAUUUCAGCUUGUCUGGAAAAAUGACAGAAUUAAGAAACUUAACAGCUCUGUUUUUGGAACAAGUAGGCAACUACUUCCCAUAAACAUGCGAGGAAAUGAUAUGUCACGAUUACAAUGUAACACUGUAGGCUACAGUGCAAGCCUACAAUGUAGCGUUCUGGUAAUAACUAGGCUCCAUUCAAUUUUCUUUUUAUUAGGCUAACGCAAAGUCCAAGACAUGGGCAGUUCUUUGAUUUGGGAUGAAUAGGAUAGCCUAUGCUGUAAGACAGGCUAAAUAUUAAUCUGUCCUUAUUGCGGCUGCGACAAACUUUUAAGACGGACAUUGCCUGCAUUCAAGUGACACAUUCUGCGAUAGCGCAGUCGGUCCCUUGUAAUUCACUCGUUUUAUUUUCAGUUUCUCAUCCAAAGCGUAGCUACCUCCCCUCGUCGUACAGGUAGUCUGUUCUAAAAAUAGUCUUAAAGCUUCCUUAAAAGAUUUCUUACAGAACCUACUUUUGAAUAUCGAUGUCUGUUUUUGUUGAACUGGCUUUUUAUCAAUACAAGUUUUCAUUGUUAGAGAGCUGUUGAAGCUGACGUCACGUCCAUUCCUUGAAGUGGAGCUGAAUAAACCUUGAGCAGAGUCUCCUUCAAUCUGCUGGUAGUAACUAACACACACAUACGCACGGAGACUCAAUUACUGCCCAGUUCCACUCUUGUUCAUCUUCAGCUACCGGUCUAAAACAACACCAGUUUUCCAAUUCCAAGAAAGGGGAAAACUACAAGGCUAUAUGAAGACACAGUAGAGUCCAACGGAGUACAUCACGUCAAAUACCUACAACUGUCAACAUAAGUUCGCAGGCCAGUGAUGUGACAGAGCUGAAGGCGUUCUCAAACAAUAUGGAGUCUGGAGAGCGGCUAGCCUCCCCGUCGUCCGCGGCCACCUCCUCCCUGCUCAGCGGUGCUGCUGCCCCGGCCCCCGGUGCCCCCUCGGCCACCUCCUCCUCUGCCACCACCGCAGCCAGCGCCCCCACCCCCACCCCCGUCAGCGCCUCCUCCUCGGCCGUCUCGCCCUCCAAGAGCAGCCUGGCCGCCAGCCCCGCCAGCACCCUCAGCCUGGCCUCCACUCUCACCACCUGUGGGCACGUCUUCCGAGCGGGAAGCGAUCAACCCUUCACGGUCUCAAGUGCCUUCCCCUCCCUCGUCAGCCCUCACGCCUUCGGCCUUCACACCAGCAGCACUGGCCGCGCCGAGUUCGGAGGCCUGGGCUCCUUGGGCAUGACCGCGGCCUUGGCUGCCCAUCCUCAGCUCGCCAGCUUCCCAGAGUGGUGGCGUGCGGCCGACGCUCACGGUCGAGGGGCUGCUGCUGCCGCCGCCGCUGCAUUCUUCCCCCCGCUCCUGGGCCUGCCGCCCUUCUACACGCCUCCCGUCCAGACCCCGGACCCCAACGGCCCCUUCCAGUCCCGCACGCCCACCAAGAACGGACGCGCCUCAUCCAAAGGGGUAAACGGCACCAUCAAUGGCAGUGGAGGUUUGGCAGGCAAUGGAGCGUCCUCCACCCCUUCCCUGGCAGUCGGGGCCACUGAACCCACAAAGCCCCCCAGGAGCCGCAAGAGCAACCAGGACCUGGCCCGCCGAGCGGAGAAGCUCAUCCAGAAAACUAAAGAGAAGAAACUCCGCAAGAAGGCUCUGGACGUCUCCAGCAACAGCGACAGCGAAUCGGGUUCGUCCUCGGCCAGCUCCAGCGAGGGCGGCGAGAGCAGCAGUGACUCUGACGACCUGGAGGACGACGAUGAAGAUGACGAUGACGAUGAUGACGAUCAGAGCAACGACAGCGACGACUCCGACCUGGAGAAAGAAAGGCCGCUCAAUCGGAAGGUCAAGUCAUUGAUGCGGAAUCCAUCAGACAGUCAAAAGGCCACCCUCCCCCUCACCACGGCUCCCGGUGACCAGCCAAGCCACAACCAGAAAUCUGGCAGCAAGGCCGACAGACACAGAAAGCCGGCCCCUGGCGAUGGGCCCCUCUCUGGCCGCUACCCUCCACACUCCUCCCCUCAGGCCCUUCCUGGGCUCCCCCAGCCCCCUGCUCUCCUCUUCUCCGGCUCCAGGAGCGGCGGCGAGGACACCACCUCCACCCCCAAGCUGCACCGGAGUGUCAUCCAGGCCACGGGACUGGCGGCCAGCGCUAAGCCCAUGGCGCUGGUCUCCCAGUCCCGCGGAGAGGCUUCGCCGGUGCCUCUGGUGUCGUCUUCGCCCAAGGCUCGCUCGCUCUCCUCCUCCCCCAAGCCCCUGAGCUCGUCUCCCUCGCCCAAACCUCCGUCCGUCUCCUCCACGUCGCCCAAGCCCCUCUCCUUGUCCUCGUCCCCGAAGCCGCUGUCUCUGUCCUCCUCCCCUCGGCCUCCCUCGCUGUCCUCUUCCCCCAAGCCCCCGGCUCUGUCCCCCUCACACAAGCCCAAGGCCCCCAAGCACCCGGCCCUAUCGGACAGCCUCAAGACCAGCACGCGCAGCUUCCUGGACGAGACCCUCUUGCAAAUCAACAACUUCAAAAUGAAACAGCCUUUCCUGUCCCAGGAGCACUUCAAGCAGGCGUUUCCUCUGCCACUGCCGCAGAAGAACCAGCAGGAAUCGUCCUCAUCCUCCCUGUCACAGCAGAAAAGCCAGAAAAAACACUCCUCCUCCACCUCCUCCUCCACUUCCUCCCCGCUGCCUCCCCUCAAACUCACCCCGCUUGACAGUCACAAGCUGCUGCCUCCCUACGUCCACCACCACCACGCCAACCUCUUCCUGGCCGGCACGCUGCUGGGUCGCCCGCGCUCCCCACCUCCCAAUGGGGUCAUCCAGAGCAGCGCCCCGCUAGGAGGAGGAGGAGGGGUGCAGGAGGCCCCCCUGGCCCUCAUCACCAAGCCCAGGGGCCACAGUCGCUCCUCGGCCGCCUCCUCCCUGGACAGGCCCCCGCUGCUGGCCGCCACCAGCCCGGCCUUCUCCUCCACGCCGGUCAACCUCACCACCACGGGGGCCCGCGAACACUCGCUGGCUACCGCCACGGCCACGGCCACGGCUACGGCUACGUCAGCGUCUCCGGCGGUGUCGGCUAGCAGCAACACCCCCUCGCCAAGGCAGCGCAAAGGCAAGCCCACUAAAGUGACUCUGACGCCGGCUGCACCAGCACCACCACCACCUCCACUGCCCCUGGCGCUGUCCUUAACACCUGGCUCAGGCUCCGCAGGCCCCGGGCAACAGAGUCACCUGGUGCAGUCGCUGGUGGAUCUCUUCCGGGGGACGGAGUCGGACAUCCCCAGCAGCAAGGACUCGAACGACUCGGCCGAGGAUGAGGAGGACUGGGACGACGACGAUGACGAGGACGACGACGAUGAAGAGUCCGAUGACAGUCAAUCAGACUCCGAAAGCAACCUGAGCGACACAGACCUGUCCGAGGGCUUAAAGGAGCGCAGCGAGACGGCCACUGACACCGAGACGGAGCGGACCCCCCUGAAGCUGACCAAGGCCUCCUCUUCCUCCUCCUCCUCCUCCGCCCUGCUCAGCUCCUCCAUGGGCCUGGCCUCCAGCAUGUCCCCCCUCAACCUCCAGGUCAUCAAGGCCCACGGCAGCGGCGGCAGCAUCCCCACCUCCGCCAUCAUGAGCCACGCUGCGGCCCUGGCCUACCACAGCACCCCCUCCCCACACACCUCCUUCACCUUCAGCCCCCCGCCAGGCUCAGGAGGCAGGAGGAAGAGAGUGACAGACGAACGGGAGCUGAGGAUCCCUCUGGAGUUUGGGUGGCAGAGGGAGACUCGCAUCAGGAGCGUGGGAGGCCGUCUGACAGGGGACGUGGCGUACUAUGCUCCCUGUGGCAAGAAGCUGCGGCAGUAUCCAGAUGUCGUCAAGUAUUUGGCCAGAAAUGGAAUCUGCGACAUCACUCGGGAUAACUUUAGCUUCAGUGCAAAGAUUAAAAUGGGUGACUUCUAUGAAGCCAGGGAAGGACCUGAGGGCUUGCAGUGGGUACCGCUGAAGGAGGAGGAGAUAGUUCCCCGGAUAUUAGCCAUGGAGGGGAGACGCGGGCGUCCCCCCAACCCGGACCAGCAGCAGUCCCCAGGGGAAGGCUCCCAGGGGGGCAGGCGCAGGAAGGGCCGUCCCCCCAACGUGGGCAUGGGCCUGGGCCUGGGGGGGCCAGACUUCCCCAGCCCCUCCGAUGCCAAGCUCCUGCGCAAGCUCGAGGCUCAAGAAAUUGCACGCCAGGCAGCUCAGAUCAAGAUGAUGAGGAAACUGGAGAAGCAAGCCAUGGCCCGCGCCGCCAAGGAGGCCAGGAAGCAGCAAGCCAUCAUGGCGGCCGAGGAGAAGAGGAGGCAGAAGGAACAGAUGAAGAUCAUCAAGCAGCAGGAGAAAAUCAAGCGCAUUCAGCAGAUUCGCAUGGAGAAAGAGCUCCGGGCCCAGCAGAUUCUUGAGGCCAAGAGGAAGAAGAAGGAGGAUGCAGCCAAUGCCAAAAUCCUGGAGGCUGAGAAGCGCAUUAAGGAGAAGGAGAUGCGCAGACAGCAGGCAGUCAUUCUCAAACACCAGGAGUUGGAGAGGCUUAGACUAGAUAUGGUAUGGGAGCGGGAGAGGAGGCGGCAGCACAUGAUGCUCAUGAAGGCAGUGGAGGCCCGCAAGAAAGCUGAAGAGAAGGAGCGUGUGAAGCAGGAGAAGCGCGAUGAGAAGCGUCUGAAUAAGGAGCGCAAGCUGGAGCUGAGGAGGCUGGAGCUGGAGAUGGCCAAGGAGCUCAAGAAGCCCACAGAGGACAUGUGCCUCGCAGACCACAAGCCUCUGCCUGACCUCCUGCGAGUGCCGGGUCUGCUGCUGCCAGGUGCCACCUUUGCCGAGUGUCUGAUGGCUCUGCAGUUCCUGCGCAGCUUCGGCCACGUGCUGGGCAUCGACCCCGCGGCGGACGUGCCUGGCCUGGGCGCGCUGCAGGAGGGGCUCCUGAACACGGGACCGGGCGCUCAGCAGAUCCAGGACCUGCUGGUGCGCAUGCUCUCGGCCGCUGUGUCGGACCCCGGCCUGCCACCAGGACACAGGGCUAAGACGGCCCUGGGGGAGCACCUGACGAACGUCAGCAUCAACCCUGACAACGUGUCGGAGGUGCUCCACAUCUACAUGGAGGCCCACUGCGGCCCCCUGCAGACGGAGCUGUGCGCGCUGGCCCAGAGCCUGAGGACCAAGGCCUUCCUGGCCCACACGCCCGCCCAGAAGGCCUCCAUGCUGGCCUUCCUGGUCAACGAGCUGGCCGGCAGCAAGAGCGUGGUCAGUGAGAUUGACAAAAACAUCGAUCACAUGACAAACUUGAGGCGAGACAAGUGGGUGAUUGAGGGCAAGCUUCGCAAGUUCCGGAGCAUCUACGCCAAGCGCACGGGCAAGAGGGACAGCAACAUGGGCGGGGAGGAGACGGCCUCCGUGGGCACCCCCGGCGCAGGGGGCCGCAAGCGCAAGAGGAAAGCCGGGGACAGCGACGACGACGAGGACGACGACGAGGACAGCGACGAGCAGGGGGACGAAGAUGAGGAUGAGGAUGAUGAGGUGGUGAAGAAGGGAAAGAAGGUGGAGACCUGCGACGACGAGGAUGAAGGGGAGCAGGGCGUCAGCGUGGAGGAGUUGGAGAAACAGAUCGAGAAACUGUCCAAGCAACAGAUCCAGGUGCGGCGUAAGCUGUUUGAGUCGUCGGGGUGUCUGCGCUCCAUGAUGUUUGGCCAGGAUCGCUACAGGCGGCGCUACUGGGUGCUGCCCCAGUGUGGAGGCAUCUUUGUGGAGGGGAUGGAGAGCGGAGAAGGAGCUGAGGAGCUCGAGAAGGAGCGUGAGCGCGCACGCAACACCGAAUCAGUCCAGGUGAAGGAGGAGCCCAUGGAGGAAGAGGAGGACGAAGAGGAGACGCACGAGGACAAGAAGCCCCUGGCCACCCCCAUGAGCCCCGAGAUCAAGCAGGAGCGCGAGACCCCCUCCCCAGAGGAGGCCGACGAGGACGAGGGUGGGCGGCAUCAUCGGUUCCCGGCCGGGGACAAGGACUCCCUCAACCUCUUCCUCCAGAAGCCCGGCUCCUUCUCCAAGCUCAGCAAGCUGCUGGAGGUGGCCAAGAUGUCCCCGGAGCAGGCCAGCACUCCGUCACACAGCCACAACGGCAGCCCCAUAGCCGGGGGAGGAGGGACGGGCUCAGCCUGCUCGCCGUCCAUCACGCCUACCGUCUUCCCCAGCAGCCCCACGGCCGCGUCCGCCCAGCCGGCCCCACUGGUGCAGGCCAAGCUGGACCUCAGCGGACCUAACGCUCCUACAUACCUCAACGGGCCUGGUGCUAAAGGUGCCGCUCCAGGCCUGGGUCCUGUGCCUGGCGGAGCCGGGUACCCGCCGUCGCUCUUGCCCAACGACCAGCUGUUCCGUGUGCUGACGGAGAAGAGCGGCCACUGGUUCAGCCUGCUGCCGCGCUCGCCCUGCGACAACGCCUCUCUCACGGCCGGCCGCACGCCACCGUCGGCAACGCUACCGCUACCACCAGGCAGUAGCUGCACCUCCACCUCCCCCAGCCAGCCCAGCACCGCCUCAGCCCUCCGGCCCAAGUCGCCCUCCUCCCUGUCCCCCAACCCUCCACCGCCUCUACCCACUGCCGCCGCCUCCACUGCCUCGGCCUCCUCCUCCAUGUCGGCCUCUCCAAGCCCCGGCAACCCUGGCGGCUCUGCCUCGUCGAUCAAUAACUUCCCAUUAUCGCCUCUGCAGCUCUUGUUUCCACAGGUCAAGUCGGCCAUGAACCUGAUGGGGAUGCCCUACUGGCCCAUGAGCCCCAGCCUGCCCUUCCCCGGCGCCGGUGGCCCCCUGCCUCCCUCACUCCUGGGCCUGGGCUACCCGUCCUCCACAGAGGGCACCCCCAACCCCAACACCAACACCACCGCCAACACCACCAGCAGCAGCAUCAACAACAGCAGCAGCUGCAACCCCUUCCUGACGCUCAGCACCCCCACCAGCAAGAGCGAGUCUCCGGGGCCGGCCAGCGACAAGCAUCCCUCUGCGCCGUCCCCCGCCGUGGAGGUGGCCAAGUCGCAGGACUACCCCUGCCCGCGGCCCAUACCAGAGGGAAUGCUGAGGGGCUGGUGGCGCGUGAGUGACCAGGAUGAGCUGCGCUGCCUGGUGAAGGCUCUGCACAGCCGAGGCAUGCGGGAGAAGGCGCUGCAGAAGCAGUUCCAGAAACACAUGGACUACAUCACCCAGUCCUGCGCCAAGAACAGAGAAGUGUCUGUGAUCUGUGAGGCGGACCUGGAGGAGAACCAGGUGAGCGAGGAGACGGUGGAGCAGUGGUGUGUGGAGGAGCAGGCCAUGGAGGUGGACAUCGCAGCCCUGCAGCAGGUGGAGGAGCUGGAGAGGAAGGUCACCUCCGCCAGCCUGCAGGUCAAGGGCUGGAGGCACCCCGAGCCCCAGUCGGAGCAGGAGGACCUGCUGUACCACGAGCACAAGCCUGUGCCCAAGCUCAGUCCCGCGGGUAGCAGCAGCAAGGCCUCCUCUGCCGAGGACCGCGCUGGCACCGGCGAGCGGGCGGAUGGUGGCUGUGGCGGCAGCGGCGGUGGUGGUGGUGGCGGCAGUGGUGGCAUAGCGCGCCAGCCCAACAACCCGCUCGAUAUAGCCGUGGCUCGACUUGGCGAGCUGGAGCGCAGCAUCGAGCGAAGGUACCUGAAGAGCCCCUUAAGCACCACCAUUCAGAUCAGGCUGGAUAAUGUGGGUACAGUCACUGUCCCUGCUACUGCACCAUCCAGUAGUGCUGAUGGUGAUGGUGGUCAAGAGGAGCUGGCCCCUGGUAUGAAGGUGUGGAGGAAGGCCCUGAGCGAGGUGCGCAGCGCGGCCCAGCUGGCCCUCUGCAUCCAGCAGCUGCACAAGUCCAUCGCCUGGGAGAGGUCCAUCAUGAAAGUGUUUUGUCAGAUCUGCCGUAAGGGGGACAACGAGGAGCUGUUGCUGCUGUGUGACGGCUGUGACAAGGGCUGCCACACCUACUGCCACCGGCCCAAGAUCACCACCAUCCCCGACGGAGACUGGUUCUGCCCCGCCUGCAUAGCACAGGCCUGUGAUCUGUCUCCCAAGAACAAGAAGCUGCAAAGUCGGGCAACAGCAGUGUCUGCGGCGGCGGCGGCAGCAGCAGUAGAAAUGGAAAUGGGCUCAGGAGCAGGGAGUGCUGGAACUGGUAGUACUGCUGGUAGUGGACCAUCCACACCAUCAACACCAGCAGCAGCAGCAGCAGCAGCAGCAGCAGGAGGAGGAGGAGGAGGAGGAGGAGGUGGUGGUGGAGGCGGAGGAGGAGGAGGGAAGAAGAGCAGCGAGGUGAAGAAGAGCCGGAAGCCAUCUGAGGCGUCGGAGGAGGAGGUGGCGGCACCCAGCAGCAACAACAGCACUCCCAAGAAGGCAGCCAAGGAGAGCAAGAAGCGCAAAGUUGAGGAGAGCCCGGCCACCUCCGCCUCCACCUCCUCCAGUCAGCCCAGACAGGACAGCCCUGCCCCCAGCAAGAAGAGCAAGAGCGCCGUGGUGGUCCAGGACAACGAGCGAGACUUGACUAUAUGCAGGUUGCUUCUUGCUGAGUUGGAGAGCCAUUCAGACGCUUGGCCUUUUCUAAACCCGGUGAACAUCAAGGCUGUCCCUGGCUACAAAAAGGUCAUCAAGAAGCCCAUGGACCUCUCUACAAUAAGGGACAAACUUGCCAACAAUCAGUAUCUGAACCUCGAGACUUUCAUCAUCGACGUCAACCUCAUAUUUGACAACUGCGAGAAAUUCAACGAGGACAACUCUGAAAUCGGACGAGCGGGACACAACAUGAGGAAGUUCUUUGAGAAACGGUGGCCCGAACUCUUGAAGCAAACAAACUAAGACUCUCCGCAAACUCCAUGUCGUCUCGUCUUUUUACUUACUUGACUUCCCUCUUCACAAAGGACCAGCGUCUGCGCCUCUUUGCAGAACACGUGUGAGCUUUGAAAGCACUUGAAAAUCCCCCUCUCCGAGAAUGUUGGUGAGAGCGAUCCAUCACCUCCAGCAAGGCAACUAUGACCAUCCCUCCCCUCGAGGAACAGCCAUCUUCGGCAGUCAGAGUGGACACUGAUGUGCACUACUGCUGGGUUGGAAAUAAGACACAGGCACCCAACCAGGUCCAGGUGACUGGGUGUCUUCUAGUGCAAUACCAUUUCCUUUAAAUCAAAAAAAGACACAAAGACAGAAAAAAACAGCACUGAAAAACUACUACCAUCGGAACUGUGGGGGCGAUUGCUCCUAAACUCUCUGUAAAUAGAUUCUUUCUUUUCUUUUUCUUUUUUUUGUUCAAUCUUUGUCCUUUUUGAACUUGGCCAUUAAUAUUAAAAGUGAAUGUAUUUAAUUCUUAUGUUAAUUAUUUAUGAGUAAAAUUGUUCUGUCUUUUUAUUUUCUAUGAAAAAGAGGAAAACAACGGCAAAAUGCUUUAAAAUAGCAGAGGAAUGUUUUUUCUUUUAUAAAAAUAAAAAAUAAAAAAAUAAAGCCAAGACAAGUAAUUGUUUACAGUCUUCUGUGCUCAUGGGCAUCAGAUGAUACAAAAAAGAGAAAAACUGUAAAGAUCUGUAUCGGUGUAGAAAUGUAUGUUUGUAUCUUCCCGAAGAAAUACAUUGAUCUCUGUACAUAAUUAUUCCAUUAUUGUCAAUAUUUUCCAUUUGGUUUUGGACUAUGUAGAGGUGUACAUAUCAUUUCAAAUGUCAGAUCAAUUGUUUAUGCCUUAGUAUGAUUGUAGGAUUUUACCUGUCUUCACGUGAUGAUGCUACAGUAUUUGACAAUAUCUGCUUGUACUGAACAUUAUUCCUCUCCAAACACUGUGCUCUCCUCUCAUUUCUGGUAGUGCCUCACCUUGCUAGAGUGUACCAGAACCCAGUCUAUGUACACUUCCACACCGCCGUUGUAUACUCCAUGGAUAUUUGUCCCUAUCUGUUAACCUCCUGAGCCUCAAACUCGGAUAUGGAUCUCCUCCGACACAGAUUUCCUGCAAGGCACAGCAUUUUCCAUGGACCAUCCACUUGGCCCCUGUCUACAUAUCAACAUGAGGGCACUAAGCAUUCGUCACUGUGUUGGAACUUGCUGUGUCGUGGCCCACAGGGGCAGGUAGAACAGUCUUUUUGUACCGGAGUCAAAGUACUUGAAGUUAUUUUAUUUAAAUAUGUUGUGAGGAAAAUGUAGCAUUCUUUUUGUAGGAGCAUUAUUUUUCACUAGAGUGUGCGUGCGUGUGUGUGGCACGGAUCCAAUAAAACGAUGUUUUUGAACUCA